AUGAAGCUAGUCAGCCAAGCAGCAAAGCUCUUGUUUAUCGCGGCGCCGAUUGCUGCCCAAACCACUUCAGAAACGUUUCUCUACUCGAUUCUGCCAACCGAUGUAUUAACUCCGCUUCCUACCCCGGCACAGAGCGGCUGUCCCACCGUAACAGAGCUUUCCUUGUGUCCCAGCUGCGCCGGCGAAGCACCGCAAUGCCUCGAGGUGGCGACUCUGACGCAGUCAUGUGGCUGCCCUACCUCGGUGACGACGGAGAGCUUUACAUUUGGCUGCGAGAAGGGGACCUGCCCUCGGGUGGGCUGCAGCACCAGCUACACCAUCAUCUCUGGCGAAGAGGCAUGCACUGGUAGCGCAGGCGUUUCUGCCACGGCCGCGACGACCGCGUCGGUGACUGCAACAACUCAGGCCACUACGGCGGCAACGGGCUCUCAAGCCGGCACAGCAUCGGUUCCAUCGGGCUCUUCGACAUCUGCUAGUGCGACGCCGAAUGCGGCGGGAAGAUUGGCUGUGCCAUUCAAGUUUUGGUAA